CUCAGACUGUGCCCUUGGAGAGAGAGAGAGAGAAAAAGAGAGAGAAAAGCAUUGUCACUUUCGAUAAGGACCCUGAUCCUAUAGGAUCGGCUCCCCAUCCCCAUGACUCCUUUAACCUUCAUUAUUUCCUUAGGGGCACCAUCUCUGACUACAGCCACACUGGGGGUUAGGGCUUCAACAUGUAAAUUUGGGGGUGGAGUGGGGACACAAACAUUUGGUCCACACAGUAGUAUUAACUCAGUACUGUGGGAGUUUUUACACCAUGGAAAUGGGCAAAUGCUAUGAAUCGGGGCUUCUUUUCUGGAGAGCUGUUUGUUCAACAUUUACAACCCUCCACUGCUCUGAGGGCAAGGGCGGACAACGGUCUCCUCUGUGAGCAUCCUUUCUCUCCUCCCAGCUGGGAACGCAGCAAGGUCAGGGGUCAGUCCCUGCCUCCCAGGUCUCUGCCCUCUGCGCUCAUCUAGAAGCUCAGUCUGCACGUGUCAGGUUGGUCAGGAGCUGGAAUGCAGCCAGGGGCCGUGAGGAGGCUGACAGGUGAGGAAGUCUCGGUCACACGACACACAUGAAACAUGCGAAUGUGACAGAGGCCGACUCCACAGAAGGCAGGCUCUGGCUCAGGCAGCUGGGCAAAUGCCUUCCCUUCCCCGAGCCCAUUUUCUCAUCUGUCAAGUGGGGAUAAUAGCCACCUCCCUUUGAGGGUCUGAGUGGGGACAGAAUGAGCAACACAGAAAACACUGCACACUGCCUGGAAAGCUACAUGGAUCCUCAUCGCCUGACGCCCACCCUUUAAAGACGAAGACCUCUCUGUCUUCUCUCCAUCCACAUUAGUCAGCCCUGACUGCCCUGUGCAUGAAGCCGGUGACAGGGACCCAAAGCUCCAUGAGCCCCUCUGUCCUUAAGCAUCUCCCUGUGUAGCAGGAAGACAACCCAGAAAAGGGAACUCCGGCUGUAAUGUGGGUCAGGGGACUGUUGACUUCUGUCACUGCGAGGGGAAAAUGUCACUGUGCACAGCACAGACCCCACACCACAGCAGACAUUUACUGGCAAUGUGACCUUAAGUGAUGUUCAUAACCUCCCACGGGACCUCAGUCUCCUCUUGUGAAAUGAGGGCCGUAACAGACCCUGCCUACCUCCUGGGGCUUGGGGAGACUUAACUACUGUUUUAAAAUAUAAUUAUAGGGAAGGGGGCCGAGGCCGGGUCACCUUUACCGGGCUGGGAAGGCAGGUUUGGCCCUGGCAACCGCACUGCGAUGAGGUUCGAGAUCCUGCCCGGGAUCGGCAUCAUGGCCAUGUGCCUGGUCCUCCCCGACAUGGCCAUAGCACACAUGCACAGGUUCAGUAACGGGGGCAAGGAAAAAAGGGUUGCCUGUUAUCCGUAUCAGUGGAGUUUGAUGCAAAGGGAUAGGCGGGUCUCUGGAGUUAAUCGUUACUAUGUGUCAAAGGGUUUGCAGAAUAUGGAUUAAGGAAGCAUUUUCCUGACGGAUGAAAAAUAACUCGGUCAUACUCAUCUACCCCUUCUAGAAGGUUAUGCAGUGUAUUAAUGUAGUGCAUAAUAAAAACAAAAAAAAUUAAAAAUAAAAUAAAAUUGCAUUUGGAUUUGUUCGCAUUGGGCAUGGUAAGACACAAAGAUGCAGAAAUGACUGUCGUGAAAUACGAAUUUAUACUCACAGACCUCUAGAAAGAGGAGGCACAGAAUUCUGAGUGGGGCCAUGUCGGGAGG